UCUAGAGUGUUCUUGCAUCGCCAAACCUUCUCCCAAUCUCCACAUUCGACAUGUCGUUCUCGUUUAUCAACAUCGAUGAUCGUUCCGAUUCGUCGUUUUACAAGCUAGAGUUUCUGUAAAUCCUUGCUUAUUUGCCUCAGUGUUUGAAGCAAAGCGAAUGGCUGAUAAGAACGAGAAAAACGACGAUCUAUACGGCGUUUUGGGGUUGAAGAAAGAAUGCACCAAAGCGGAGCUUAAGAAUGCGUAUAAGAAACUGGCUAUGAAAUGGCAUCCGGAUCGGUGUUCGGCUGCCGGAAAUUCUAAGUUAGUCGAAGAAGCCAAGAACAAAUUCCAAACGAUUCAGCAAGCCUAUUCUGUUUUAUCGGACGCGAAUAAACGGAUGUUGUACGACGUCGGAGUUUAUGACGGCGAUGAUGACGAGGAUGAUAUGGGUAUGGGUGACUUCUUGACCGAAAUGGUUUCCAUGAUGGACCAAACUAACCCCAAUGUUAAAAAUGGGGAAGAAAGCUUCGAGAAUUUGCAGGAAUUGUUUCAAGAAAUGUUAAACGAUGACGUGGAGGGAUUCCGGCCAAGCUCACAUGCAAAUUAUGUGUCGUCUUCGUCGUCGUCAUCCUCGUACUCCGAAUGUUCGAGUUCGAGUGAUAACCGAAAUUUGUCUGGCAUGAACAGCACCAACUCUUUUGAGGCUCACGUGCAAGGCUUCUCAAUGGGGAGAGGAGGAGGCGACGGGAGGAAGAGCAGGAAUUGGCGGAGGAAACGGUAGGACAAUAAGGACAAAAGUGGAAAACAGAGAUUUGUGGUGGGACGACUUGUCGGAUAUUCAACAGACGACAAUGGGAGUGGGAUUGGGAUUGUCGUCCAGAAUUCUCUGCCAAUCUAAUGGAAGCUGCCAUUGUUACAACGUGGGCGGAGGAAAUAUAUGAAGAUAAUUUACUAAUAAUAUUUAUUAUUUAGUUUUUUAACUUUUUUAUUUUUAUUAUUUUUUUAUUUUCCCCAGUUAAAUCUAAGUUACUUUUUGCUGGAGGGUAAAUUCAUACAUGAUCAUGUUACCUAUUUCUCACUUCUUAAGAGUAAAAACUAUUUGUAUUCA